AGCUCGGACCUGGAGUCUUCGUCUCCUUCAGGUUGCUGGGCGUGGUUCGGCUCUUUCCGCCGCCGGGGCGUGGCCUGCCCUCAUCAGCACCAGAGGCGGGGCGGCGGCCGGUGAUGUAGCGGCCUCUCUGCACAGCGCACGGACAGCAUGGCGGAGAUCACCAGCCUGUCGCCCAGCUUCGAUAUGUCUCCGAUCGCGGCGGGGUUCGUCGGAGCGGCGGUCUUGGUGGUGUCUGUCUCGGUGGCGGUAUUUCUCUGGAGCUGCUGUCACAGCCGAGCAGAGAAGAAGUUUAAGAACCCCCCGUACAAGUUCAUCCACAUGCUGAAGGGGAUCAGUAUCUACCCCGAGACCCUCAGCAACAAAAAAAAGACUUUCCGUGUGCGCAGAGACAAGCCACCCGUGGAUGGCGAGGGGGCCGAGGCGGGUCUGAUGGGCUCUGAGAAAAGUCCCAAUGGCCUGGCCACGGCCGUCAACCAGCUGCACAUCAACCCCAACUGUGGGGAGGAAGUGAGUCCAAGCACCAGCUCCACCGGAAGCAAGACUACAUCUCCAUCAUCCCCAGACGAAGAGGCCACGCUGGGGGCACUCACCAUCUCUGUGGACUACAACUUUCCAAAGAAAGCCUUGGUGGUCACUAUACAAGAGGCUCAUGGCCUCCCAGUGAUGGAUGAACACUCCCACGGAUCUGACCCCUACGUGAAGAUGACCAUCUUGCCGGACAAGAAGCAUCGUGUGAAGACCCGCGUCCUGAGGAAGACUCUGGACCCCGUGUUUGACGAGACCUUCACUUUCUAUGGCAUCCCGUACAGCCAGCUCCAGGACUUGGUGCUCCACUUCCUAGUGCUGAGCUUUGACCGCUUCUCGCGAGAUGAUGUCAUCGGGGAAGUGAUGGUCCCGCUGUCGGGGGUAGAUCCCAGCACCGGGCGAGUGCAGAUAACCAGAGACAUUGUGAGAAGGAACAUUCAGAAAUGCGUCAGUCGUGGUGAGCUGCAGGUGUCCUUGUCCUAUCAGCCGGUGGCACAAAGAAUGACCGUCGUGGUGCUGAAAGCAAAACACCUGCCGAGAGUGGACAUCACCGGACUGUCAGGUAAUCCUUAUGUCAAAGUGAAUGUCUAUUAUGGCCGAAAACGAAUUGCAAAGAAGAAGACCCAUGUGAAAAAGUGCACCCUGAGUCCAGUCUUCAACGAGUCCUUCAUCUAUGACAUUCCCAUAGACCUGUUGCCGGACAUCAGCAUUGAGUUCCUUGUGAUCGACUUUGAUCGCACCACUAAGAACCAGGCGGUGGGGCGGCUCAUCCUGGGGGCGCACAGUGUAACGGCUAACGGCAUUGAGCACUGGCGGGAGGUGUGUGACAACCCCUACAAGCUGAUCGCCAAGUGGCACAGCUUGAGUGAGUACUAGCAGCUUGGUGUCUCGUGUAAGAGGUAACGCAGGUCAUGGUGAUGGAAGCGUUCUGGAAUCAGAUGGGCAGGAGAUAUCCAUUUUUUGUGUUAUCCUGUUUAACCCUUCAGAGACCACGGCACCUGUCUCAUACCGUACUGUAGGUCUGCUGAAGGUGUUGGCCUCGUUUUAGUGGUAGUUCAGACUUUUUUAGGCAGUCAUUUCUGAUGUUUUGCAGGACACUAUACUAAGCACUAAACCAGACGGUAACACUUCGCUAUAACCUAUAUACAGAGUAUAACCCGUUGUUUGCAUGUUUCUGGCAGAGUCUCCGCCGUCUCGCUCGAAGCCCUCUGCAUGUCAGUUCCAUGUUACUAGCUCUUGGUCCUGAGUGGUUGCACAUGGCCAGUCUUGUCUGGUGGUGGAGUUUUUCUGGUGGAGUAGAUCAUCUCCACCCAUUGUCUUCAGCUCCAUGAGUCACGUGACGUGAGCUGCAGAUGUUGUGAUGUGUCCAAGCAGUGGGCUUAAUUCUCCCACACCCUGGGUCACAGCUGUUAGCUGAUUCCAGCCCAGGUGACUGCCCUCUCCUGGUAUGGACCUUCUGGCUGUUGUGCUGGAUGAUGUUCCCUGGCUGUUUCUCCAGAGUUUUCUGGAUGUUGUAAGGUUGGAGAUACUUAGCAUGUGCUCAGACACGGCCAUCAGGGAGAUCGGGAGAUCAGGACCUCAGGCCGUGGUCGCCCUCACCCCUGCCUUUCUGAAGAGCUCGGUUAACCCGUUGUUUGCCUUUAUAUCUGCUGUAUAUACACCAGGCUUCUUUCUUUCUCCCCCCCCCCCCCCCCCCAUGAGAAGCAGAGCAGGAAACUAGGCAGCCUGCGGCCGAAAAGUCAUGGCGCAUUAUCGGUGUUUUAUGGCAUCAGUAGCCGGUGUAUAACGUGAACCCUGCCACUGGGCAAGAUAAGAAAGAUGGCAGGUUCAGCUCAGCCUAUCUGUAUAUACGGCAAGGAGACCAGGGCCACCAGUCCCAUGAUUUCACCUAUCAACAUGUUGGUUUAUAUUGGCUUUUAUCUUAUAUGGAUCCUGUUCAUCUGCAUCUCACCUGCCUCAGGGUACCAGACCCCAUGGAUGUCUCGGUCUCACUCAACGCCUGACUCUUAUGGUCCUGAUCACUCCAUCAUACUGAGAUUGUUAUGUGACUGCUCUUCAGUCCUGGAGUUAGUCCUGGUCCCAUAUGCAAUCUGCAUUCACUGAGAAUCCACUCACUGCUCAGCACAUGAAAUAUUCAUGUAUUGUCCCAUCUAUAACCAAUGACUCCAUACCACAAGGCUCAGGUCUCUGAUGCCUCUGUACUAUGUUAUUAGGCUCUGAUCCCCCAUGCAGAGGGCUCUGAUCCCUCCAUAUUCUAUGAUUAGGCUCUGAUCCCCCAUGUAGAUGGCUCUGGUCCCUGUACUCUAUGAUUAGGCCCUGAUUCCCCCAUGUAGAAGGCUCUGGUCCCUGUACUCUAUGAUUAGGCUCUGAUCCCCCAUGUAGAAGGCUCUGAUCCCCGCACUCUAUGAUUAGGCCAUGAUUCCCCCAUGUAGAAGGCUCUGAUCCCCGUACUAUGAUUAGGCCCUGAUCCCCCAUGUAGAAGGCUCUGAUCCCCAUACUCUGUGAUUAGGCCCUGAUCCCCCAUGUAGAAGGCUCUGAUCCCCAUACUCUGUGAUUAGGCCCUGAUCCCCCAUGUAGAAGGCUCUGAUCCCCGUACUCUGAUUAGGCUCUGAUCCCCCAUGUAGAAGGCUCUGAUCCACAUACUCUAUGAUUAG